GUACAAGUGGUCAGCCAAACUCUUCAUCUUCACCCUACUUCCGGAAGAUCUCAGCAACCAACCCUGCAACUUCGUCUUCACUCGGCAGGCCUGCAAAGCUACGGCUCCCUCUUACCCCUCGUCAAUGACACCCUCCAACCCAUUUGUACGAAUUCGGCCGCCGCUUCACCUUCUACUACUGGAACGGUCGGCACGUCUUGCCAGCCAAUCGGUCGAAUUCUCCUGACAACUAUGGCUGCUGGUUCUCCUAUUGUCUCGGCCACCACUACUGGCAUAUCAGUUGCCCCGGAAACUUUUUCAACUUCUUUAGCUCCUACUGAAUCUGUUGCUUCUGUCUCUGUUUCCUCACCAAUACAGGAUAACCUAACUGUUAGUGUGUCGACCACCCAGCACCAACAACAACAAACUGAUGAGCAUCUUACUGUUCAGCUAAACUCACCUCAAAUGCAUUGUUCUACGCAAUUGUAUGCAAACCAGCAGACUCCGCCUACAGCAAUCAGCCUUCGAACAGAUGGAACUACUACUAGUGCCAACAACUCCAUCACUAUCAUUGAUGCUGACACUGCAACUAGUGCUGUUUCUAGUACACCACAACAGCAUCCACUUCUGCGGCAACAUCAGCAACAACACUUCUUCCUCACAGCCAUCCCUACCUCGAUGACAGCGUUUGCUGCCGCUGCUGCUGCUGCUGUUGGUGCAGGCGGCUGCAGUAGUGAUGACCAGAGUGCUUCUGCUGGCGGAAGCAGUCGUACUGCUGGAGAAACUACCAUCUGUCUGGCCGGACCAACAUCAGACAAUGGACUAGUCACGCUUCACCCAGCCAGACUGAUUUCCGCUUCAUCAAGACUUUCCUUUAAUGAGGCCUCGGAUUCUUCUUUCUCGAAUACCACGACAUCUCAAGCUUCUGGAGAAACGAUCACUACCAAUAAAGUUAACUCAGUCGCAUCCAUCGCCUCUUCUACAUCAGCACCUAUCUCUGUCUCUUCUUCUCCGAUAUCUUUGCUUUAUUCUCAUAAUCAGCUGGCCAUGGACUCUGUGUCCGGCGGUCCCGUAUCUUUGGCCAUCGCUGGAACUCAUCCAAGUCUUGGACUCCAACAUUUAUCGGUUCCAUCCGCCACGCAGCUGUCCCCUUCGCAGGCCUACAUCCAUCUGCAUCAACAGCAACAACAACAGCGAGAGCUAAACCAUUCUCAUCCGCACCACAUUCAAUAUCAGCAUCGGCAACCACAACAACAGCAUCUACAGAAUGUACACGAGACUGGCCACCCUCAACAGCGGCUAAAUCAUCAACGCCACUCGCAACAGACACAACAGCAGCAGCAACAAGGGAUUUUCCACUUUCACUCUACUCAGCUAGCUCAAGUGAGUCAACCUGUAGGCUGA